AUGAUAAUAUAUUUUGUUUUUGUCUUGAGUAUUAUAUUCGUAGUUAGUUUUGUGGGGGUUUCUUCAAAGCCCUCGCCCAUUUAUGGGGGAUUUGGGUUGAUUGUAGGUGGUGGUGUGGGGUGUGGGAUUGUCUUGAGUUUUGGUGGUUCGUUUUUGGGGUUAAUAGUCUUUUUAAUUUAUUUAGGGGGGAUGCUGGUUGUGUUUGGUUAUACUACGGCUAUGGCUACUGAGCAGUAUCCUGAGGUCUGAGUUUCUAAUAAGGUUGUAUUGGGAGGAUUUCUUUUGGGAUUGGUGGUUGAGUUUUUGAUAAUGGCAUAUGUAUUGGAGGGUGGAGAGGUGGAGGUUGUGUCUGGGUUUAAUGGGUUGGGGGAUUGGGUAGUUUGUGAUGUAGGGGAUUCUGGGUUUUCUGGGGGCGAGGCAGAGGGGGUUGCUGCGUUGUAUAGUUAUGGUGCUUGGUUAAUAGUUGUUAUGGGGUGGUCAUUGUUUAUUGGUGUUGUGGUUAUUAUGGAGAUUACCCGGGGCAGUUAA